UGUCUAUACUCUAUACGACUAUUAUACCUUAGAUUAAAUAAAAGACUUUUAUUUCAACAAAGAUGUCAGAAUUUCUUAAUGAUAGCAUGUAAAGAAAUAAAAGCUAGAUAUGACUUCAACAAUCCGAUUCUAUCUAGUCUCCCUGUACUUGACCCAAUAAGAGCGCUCUCACAAAAUGAAAGAGAUACCACACCAUCACUUAUGCCACUUGUUACAUUACUGCCUAGAUGCGCAGAUUUAAGCAAUUCAGAUCUUCAAAAGUUAGAUGAUGAAUGGGGACGUCUGCCAAUAACUAAAACAGCUGAACCAGAUAAAUUUUGGCAUCAACUUUAUCAUUACAAAGAUGAAAAUGAUGAAAAGAUGUUUUCAGUUCUUCCUAAAUUUGCAUUAUCAGCUAUGUCCAUUCCACAUGCUAAUGCAGACUGCGAAAGGAAAUUUAGCWAAGUAAAUUCRRUUAAAACAAAAACCAGGAAUCGGCUAAUUACUGACACUUUAAAUGGCAUCUUAUUAGCUGACCAAACAGUAAGGCGAUCAGGGUGUUGUUUAAAGUUUGCUCCUGAUGUAAAAAUGCGGGGCUGUAUGACUGCAGCUAAUAUUUAUGGCCCCGAAAAAAAAACAAGCUGUGUGUGAAUCUGAUGACGAAAUGACUUUUGGUUAGUCUGUUUUUGUUUUGUAACUAUUUAUUAUUUUUAUUUUUAUUUUGUUGUGUCUAAUAAUUACUAUUAWUUUUUAUUAAAUUGAAAUCAAAAGAGACUGAUUAUUWAAUGUAUUAACAUUUGGUUUAUUAACCAUUAUUUACUUGUUAAUUGUACUUAUUAGUAUKUACUAUAUUGUUAUACUUAAUAUGUGAAUAUUUUAAUUUUAUUAAAUAAAGUGGAGGUACUAUGACAUGAGUGAGAUUUUCUUAGGCUAGGUUAUUAUUGUACGUAUAUUCAC